AUGAACUUCGACGCCAAAGUAUCUAAUCGGAAGAGUAGGGCGCCGUGGCAAAGUUCUACAAAUAAUAGUAAAAUAAGUAAUCCAUAUGCUGACGCUAAUACAUCGGUGGUAACGAAUAAUGAAAAUAAUGAUAGUUUACAUGUGCCUAAUCCAUAUGGCGUUAAUAAUAAGGGCAAUAGGAAGAAUACAAGAAGAUUGAGUAUACAUGCUUCAGCAGCUGCUGCUGGUCAUAGAGGACCAUUUGAUGCAACUAACUUACCACCUGUUCCCCAACUAUAUAAGACAAACACGCAAUCGUCCGAUGCAGUGCUGGCUAUAAGCAAAGGACAAGAAGAGGAAGAAGUGGAUAUAGAGACGAAGAUCUUUGGAGAAUUGUCUAACGGUACUGCUACGGAAAUUGAUGAUUACUUUAAGGUGUUGGUGAAACAGAAGGCAUUGAUCACCAAAGACAUGAAGAGUAAUAUCAACCAAAAUCAGAAGAAUAUCUUAGAAUUAACGAAUGAUUUGAAGGAGACUCAGGAGGAACUUUUGCAGUUGCGUAUUACUACCAAGGAAUUAUAUGGCGUGUUGGACGAGUUUAGGGAGGCUGCUGAACGAAGAUUAGAAUUGGAACAUGAGACCCAGCAGACGGAUCAGAACCAUAAUAACCUGUAUGCAACGUUGAACUCAAAGAAGCGUAAGGAUCGUUCUUCGGUGAUGGUUCUUGGGAAAAUAUGGGCAAGUGAAUUGCAAUCAUUAUGUAAACACGUCGAUGGGGCCUCGAAAUAUGUUCAGGCGUUGCCUGGGAGACAUGUUCUUGCCGAGAGUGGACGUUGGUAUGAAGUUAAUGUGGGGACAUGGAAACCCACCAAGGCAACUCAUUUAUUUAUGUUGAAUGAUUUGGUGUUGAUAGCAACGAAGAAAAAUUCAAUGAACCAAGAUACAGGUGAUAAGAAAACUUCAAGACUACAAGCGAUUCAUUGUUGGCCGUUGCAUGAAGUAAAGUUAUCUGAAGUUCGUGUUCCAAAUAACUCGGGUAAGACGGACAAGGAUGGUAAUAAACUUUAUGUAAUAAAUAUAAAAUCAAAGUCGUUGAGUUACGUCUAUCAGACAGAUAGAUAUGAUCAUUUUUUGAAGAUAACGGAAGCAUAUAAUAAGGGAAGAAAUGAAAUACUAGCUAAGGAACGAAUCCUUAACUCGAAGUCCAUCGGCCAGACCCCUGACCUUAUUGAAACCGACGAAGAAAAACGUCAAUUACGUGAAUCAUUAAGAAAUUCCGGAAUAAAUGAUGGUGUAUCGGAUGAAACUACCAAGCGCGAAAGUGGGACCAAACGUCAUAGUGCUGAUGUUUUGUUACAGGAUAUUUCCGCUCGGGUACAUUCAAGAAAUAGAUCACACGAUUUUGACCAUGGCCCACAUGCCAAAGUAAAUGCUGCCGAUAGAGGACAGUUUUUUAAUGAUUUGAAAAAAAUUGAAGAUAGACUCGACGAAGUCGAUGUUGAAAUAUCCCGUAAUAAAUAUACUGAGUCAGUUGGGCUUAUUAGGUAUAUUGAGAACAAGUUAUCCAGUAUAGAACUGGCAAUUUCCAACAACUCAUCAAAUGCUGUAAUUUCAAUUGACGAAAUUAAAUUGCUAAUUGAUGUCAUAAAAUUGAAAAUAAAUAAUAGAAAGUCACAAAUACAACACUGCUUAGGCUUUGAUUUGCAACAUAAUAUAGGAAAGUUAACUACCGCCCAAAUAUCUACAAUUAUUGAGUUUUUUCAUAAUUUUGAUCAAUUGGAUAAGGGUAUAUCCUUGUAUUUGCAAGCGGUUACCAAUAACUUAUCAGUAAACGUAUCCAGGCUAGUGGUCGGAGUCCAAGGUUCAACAAAAAUAGAUGUUGUUAACUAUUUAUCAAAUUUGGUUAUUAUUAAUGUUUCAAUUAUUAAAAGAGCUAUAGCAGUCUAUAAAGAGUGUAUUGUUCCAGUAUUGAAGAAGGAUUUAAAUGGCAAUGUUGAUUCUAGUGGAUUGAUUAAUUGGUCUAUUGAUGAAGUUGCAAAAUUGGUAAAAGCUAUUAAAAAGCAUCUUUAUGGUAGUUUGGUUGUUUUGACAGGGAAUAAUGAAGAAACUGAAGAGCCGACAUAUAAAGUCAAAGAUGCUGCAUUAUUUCAAGAAUUCAUUGGAGUGGUUAGACCUCAACUUAAUACCUUAAAAGGCGUUGGUGUUAAUGUUGAAUUCUUAUUUGACGAUAUUUUAUCAUUACAAUAA